AUGCCUGACGGACGGCCGGUCCCUGGAAGCGUUUACUUCUACGAGCCGAGUAAGGUUGCACCCGCAAUAUUCGCCGCUCUUUUCUUCGCCUCUGGUGCAUGGCACCUUUGGCAAUGCAUCCACUACAAGUCUUUCAAGAUAACAGCCCUACACCCGUUUUGUUGUCUUCUGUUCGUGGUUGGUUUCGCACUCCGCGAAUAUGGAGCGUAUCACAACUCCAACGUUACGAUAUACCUCGUCAGCACAAUUUGUAUCUACUGCGCUCCUCCAGUUCUAGAGCUCGCAAACUACCACGUCCUUGGACGAAUCUUAUAUUAUGUGCCAUACUUUGCCCCACUGCACCCCGGCCGCACGCUCACCACUUUCGGCGCGAUUUCAACCCUCGUAGAGAUCCUGAACGCACUCGGCGUCUCCCUUCUCGCAAACCCCAACGUGAAGAAGCAGUCGACACAAGACCUGGGACACAUCCUGAUGAAGACAGCUUUGAUCUUGCAAAUCCUCGUCAUCAUUAUUUUCGUAGGAAUCGCCGGGCUCUUCCACCACAGAUGCCGGAAGGCGAAUAUCAAGAGUAGCAAGGUCCAACAGCCGCUUCUGACUCUGUACAUUAGUACAGCUCUCAUCCUGAUCCGCACCAUCUACCGAACGAUCGAGCACUUCGGCAUGUCGCGCGCACCCGCAAACCCUGGAACAGACUGGGACCCGAUGAGCCUAUCACCGAUCGUCCGCUACGAGUGGUUCUUCUGGACCUUCGAAGCUGGCCUUAUGCUCAGCAACUCCUUUCUUUGGAACGGUUCUCACCCGAGGUUGUACCUGCCGCAGGAUUACCACGUAUAUCUUGCUCAGGACGGGAAGACCGAACUGCAGGGGCCUGGUUGGGAAAGCGAGCAGAGCUGGAUCAUGACCUUUAUCGACCCUUGUGGAUUGACUGCUAUGCUGGCUGGCAAUAACAAUAAGGGGAAGAAGCAGCGGCCGUUUUGGGAGACAAAUGGGUUUGAGAAUGUGCCCCUUGUCAAGAGAGAUAAUGGGGAGAAUGUAUAA